UGGCGUAGGAAAUAUCAAAUGGGAAAUAUAUAAAGUAGGAGGUAAUCUCUCUCUGUCUGUCAUGUAAAAAGUCAUAUAUUUAGGGUUCUUGCUUCGUUCUCAAUUUCUCUUAUUGGUCUUCUCUUCGAAACUUGAAAUCCAUGGAAGCUCUCCAAACAAACUCUAACCCCUCAACAAUCGAAACCCUAGAUCCUCAUCAUGGAUAUCCUCCUCCACCUGAAACCCUAGUCUCCUACGAUCAGAAUCCCCCUCCUCCUCCUCCUCCGCCAGACGCUUCAGAUUACCAGGAUCCAUAUCCUCCGCCGCCUCAACCUCUAGGUCACGAAGAUCACAAACAAUCGCAAACCCUAGCUUCCUACCCUCAAAACCCUUCCGACAACAACCCGCAGAGUACCUCCGACAAUGGCUACUCCGCCCCUGCCGAGAUUCCGACGCCGAAGAUCGAAACUCAGAAGCCCCUGGUUUCAGAAAAUGGUCUGACGAAUACGCAUAGUGGUACCGAUAAGGAUUUCUCCGGUGGCGAGGAGGAGACCUCGAGCAGGCGGCGGAGACGCAGCCGUUGGGACCCACAGCCGGAGUCUGAUAACCAGAACGGUGGUACUGGCGGUGCCGGUGGCGAUGCAGGUAGUGGCCCGCGGAAGAGGAAGUCCCGGUGGGCCGAUGAUGAUCCGAAGCCGGUGAUUCAGCUGCCUGAUUUCAUGGGAGGUAUUGAAUUCGAUCCUGAAAUUCAAGCUUUGAAUAGUAGGCUUCUUGAGAUUAGUCGAAUGUUGUCUUCGGGAUUGCCUUUGGAUGAUCGCCCUGAAGGGGCUAGGUCACCUUCUCCUGAACCCAUUUACGACAAUAUGGGAAUUAGGAUAAACACUAGGGAGUAUAGGGCGCGGGAAAGAUUGAACAAAGAGAGACAGGAAAUCAUAGCCCAGAUUAUUAAACGGAACCCUGCUUUUAAGCCACCAGCUGAUUAUAGACCACCGAAGCUUCAGAAGAAACUAUACAUACCAAUGAAAGAAUACCCAGGUUAUAAUUUUAUUGGACUUAUUAUUGGCCCAAGGGGAAAUACACAGAAGCGGAUGGAGAAAGAAACUGGCGCCAAAAUUGUUAUUCGUGGUAAAGGGUCUGUGAAAGAAGGCAGGUUGCAGCAAAAAAGAGAUUUGAAACCUGAUCCUUCUGAGAAUGAGGAUUUGCAUGUUUUGGUUGAGGCAGAGACACAAGAAGCUCUUGAUGCUGCGGCAGGGAUGGUGGAGAAGCUCCUGCAACCUGUAGAUGAGGUGUUAAAUGAGCAUAAAAGGCAACAACUUAGAGAACUUGCGGCCCUGAAUGGAACAAUAAGAGAUGAAGAGUAUUGUAGGCUGUGUGGUGAGCCUGGCCAUCGCCAGUAUGCCUGUCCAUCACGUACUUCGACUUUUAAGAGUGAUGUUCUUUGUAAGAUAUGUGGUGAUGGUGGCCAUCCUACUAUUGAUUGUCCAGUGAAGGGAACAACUGGAAAGAAGAUGGAUGAUGAGUAUCAGAACUUCUUAGCAGAGUUGGGUGGAACUGGUCCUGAAUCAGCAACUAAACAAACCCCUACUUUAGCACUUGGCCCAGGAACUACAGCAAGCAAUCCUCCUUGGACUAACAAUGCUAGCAGUGCUACUACUACUUCACAUCCAGGUUUGGGGUCAGCUCCACUGAAGCCAAAGGAAUAUGAUGAUACCAAUUUGUAUAUUGGAUACUUGCCUCCUACCCUUGAUGAUGAUGGUUUGAUUGGAUUGUUUUCACCAUUUGGUGAUAUUGUAAUGGCUAAGGUUAUUAGGGAUCGGAUUACUGGGAUGAGCAAAGGUUAUGGUUUUGUGAAGUAUGCUGAUGUACAAAUGGCCAAUACUGCUAUUGCAAGCAUGAAUGGUUAUCGUCUGGAGGGCCGGACUAUUGCUGUAAGAGUGGCUGGGAAGCCUCCACAGCCUACCGUACCUCCUGGACCCCCUGCAUCAGCAGUGCCUACAUAUCCUGCUCCUAGCCAACCUGUGGGUUCCUAUCCAUCUCAACAAUUUACCCCUGGUGGUCCACUCCCAAGUGCACCACCUCCUAGCUAUUCAGGUACUCCAGUUCCAUGGGGGCCCCCUAUGCCUCCUCCUUAUGCUUCUUAUGCUCCUCCCCCUCCUGGUUCGACCAUGUAUCCUCCUCCCAUGCAAGGUCAACCUAUGGCCCCAUAUGGUGUACACUAUCCUCCAGCAGUACAGACACUAACCACGGGCGGCCUAUCCCAGCCUGCAACUUCAAGUGAAGCACAACAGAGUUACCCUCCAGGAGUGCAAUCUGAAAAUAGUACUAAUGCUCAGUCAGCGCCCUCAAAUAUAUAUGGGAGCUCUUUAGCUGCAAUGCCACCCCCAGCACAAUCUACGUAUCCUGCAUCUUCAUAUGGUUACUCAUCUUAUUACAGUGCAGUUCCACCACCUCCCCCUGGACCACCAGUACCUGGGUCAGCAGCAGAACAAUCGCAGAGCAUUGGGAACGUGCCUUGGGCAACAAAUCCUCCCGUUCCUGCUGCUUCUUCUGCAGAGAAGUCAACCUACGGUGCAGAUGCAGAGUAUGAGAAGUUCAUGGCAGAGAUGAAAUGAUAAGUUGUUCCUCGGAUCGCUCCGAAUUGAGAGGUUAGUUACAGAAAACGGGUGAAUAGUGCCUCCAAUGUAAGUAUUAUUUUCCCAAAAAAGUUAGAGAUAUUUAUUGGAUUUAUCUUAUGUAAUUUUUGUAACAAUUUUCAUGCCUGCUGCUACUUUAUGCCAUUCAAAAAGUUUGACCUGUUCAUCAUCAGGCAGAAUCUAGAACUACCAUCCCUUGCUUCCCUCUGGCUGGAAAAGGAGAAAGACUUUGAACAAUGAUAAUUUUUAUGUUAUUUUCUUUCUUUUUUUCUUUUAAUUGAAUAACCCUGGCAGUAUUUGGCAUGCAGUGGUGGUUUUAUGAUGCGUGGGUAUGAUUAUAUUUCUGCUUUUCACAUCCUAUUCUGCAAUGAAAUUGUUUUUUCAUUUAUUUUUCUCAAUUUACAUCAAUAAGAUGUAGAAAUGAAUUGGUUUCGUGAUCAUUAUAACCGAAUAAAAUUUAUUUAUAUAACUUCUACAGUGAUUAACCUUUCUUGUUGAUAUUAUCAAAAAUUUUGACAGGCCUGAUGUUUCUUGGAGCUCUUGUGACCCUGAUUUCUUACCUCUUGCCAUGACUUUGUUGGAAGUUUCGGACUCACAUCUUUAACCUUGGUGUACUGUUAUGACCUUUGCAGAGACUUGGCUGGAACUUAAAAGUUUAUGCAUAUUGCAUUGGAGAAGCCAUUUCAAAUCAUACUAUUCAUUGUUUGUCUUGGCGUUUCUGUGGAACUUAUUUUGUUUUCUCUAUCUUAAAGAAUGUCUGGUCACUAAUGUUUUCCUUUUUGUCUCAACUAUAUCUGGUACUGACGUUUUAUGUGGUUACAUUGACUUUGUGGGCUGCUUAAUGUUUUUGCUUGCCUAACUUUUUUGAUCUUUGAUCAUAAAUCUCAUUUUCACUUUGAGGAUUGUAUGACUUUCCAGCCACCAUGGUGUUGAAGCUGCCUCUUCGACGCUUUUUUCAUUCAUUUUAAAGGUAAUCAUGCCUUACAAAUUGGAGGCAGUUUGUGUAGGUGUAAGAUGUGCUUGGCUUAAACCUUUGUUCUUGUAUUUAUUAUGUUUGCAUACUGUAUAAAACUAUUUGAUUUCUCUUUUCA